CCCGGCCCUCCCUUGCCCGGGCGCCGAGUCAUGUGGGCAGGGCGCGGCGAGCCGCCGGGGCCGCCAUGGUUUGCGGGUAACACAUGAAGGCGGAAGCCGGUGGCGGAGGGGCCGCCGCCGCCGCUCUGAUUUCAUUCUGCUGCAGCUGGUGGCUGAGCAUUUCUGCCUGGGAUGGCGGAGGAUCAGGAGCUGACUCAGCCACACAAAGCUCAGCUUGAGCCCUCCCUUCAGCAGCGUGCCAGCAACACGUACCGCAGUGCAGAGCACUCGCAGGCCUUGCUCAGUGGCUUGGUAUCUCUCCGAGACAGCAGCAUCCUCUUCGAUGUAGUUCUGGUAGUGGAAGAGAAACCUAUUGAAGCUCACCGCAUACUUCUAGCUGCAUCCUGUGACUAUUUCAGAGGAAUGUUUGCAGGAGGACUGAGAGAGAUGGAACAGGACGAAGUUCGUAUCCAUGGCAUCUCCUACAAUGCAAUGUGUAAAAUCCUGAACUUCAUUUACACUUCUGAGCUGGAACUCAGUGUGAACAGUGUUCAAGAAACCUUAGCUGCAGCCUGUCAGCUUCAGAUUCCAGAAGUCAUUAAGUUCUGUUGUGAUUUUCUCAUGUCCUGGGUAGAUGAAGAGAAUAUCCUGGAUGUUUACAGAUUAGCUGACCAUUAUGACUUGAGACAUUUGAGCGAUCAGCUGGACUCCUACAUUUUGAAAAACUUCGUAGCUUUCUCAAAGACACAAAUGUACCGGAAGCUACCCUUCCAGAAGGUCUACUCCCUUCUCAGCAGCAACCGGUUGGAGGUUAACUAUGAGAAUGAGGUUUAUGAAGGCGCACUUCUUUAUCAUUAUUCUCCAGAGCAACUGGAGACAGAUCAAGUCACCCUGAUGGAGCCCCCUAAGCUACUUGAGACAGUUCGUUUUCCUCUGAUGGAACCCCAGAUCCUGCAAAGGCUUCAUGACAAAUUAAGUCCAUGUCCUUUGAAAGAUAAAGUAGCAGAUGCACUAAUGUACCACAAGAAUGAAUGUCUUCAGCCAGUGCUUCAGAGCUCUCAGACACAGCUGAGAUCAGAGUUCCAGUGUGUAGUGGGGUUUGGAGGGAUGCAUUCUACUCCAUCCAUAGUCCUCAGUGACCAAGCCAAGUACCUCAACCCCUUGCUGGGAGAGUGGAGGCACUUUACGGCUCCACUAGCCCCACGAAUGUCCAACCAGGGGAUUGCUGUUCUCAAUAAUUUUGUGUAUUUAAUUGGAGGAGACAAUAAUGUACGUGGUUUUCGAGCGGAAUCAAGGUGUUGGAGGUAUGACCCACGACACAACAGAUGGUUCCAGAUCCGGUCCCUACAGCAAGAGCAUGCUGACCUCAGUGUUUGUGUUGUGGGCGACUAUAUAUAUGCUGUUGCUGGGCGAGAUUACCAUGAAGACCUAAGGGAAGUGGAGAGGUAUGACCCUAAAAGCAACACUUGGGAAUAUGUGACACCUCUGAAGAAGGAGGUGUAUGCACACGCUGGAGCAGCACUGGAUGGGAAGAUGUAUAUCACCUGUGGGAGGAGAGGAGAAGACUAUUUGAAGGAGCUACAAUGUUACGACCCAAAGACUGACUGCUGGGACAUUUUAGCAGAUGGUCCAGUCAGACGUGCUUGGCAUGGGAUGGCUGCACUUCUAGGAAAGCUCUAUGUAAUCGGAGGAAGCAACAACGAUUCCGGCUACAGAAGGGAUGUUCACCAGGUUGCCUGCUAUAGGCCAAGCACUGAUCAGUGGACAAACGUAUGUCCACUUCCUGCAGGACAUGGAGAGCCAGGUAUUGCUGUCUUAGACAACAGGAUCUACGUCUUGGGAGGCAGAUCUCACAACAGAGGGAUCCGCAUGGACUAUGUCCACAUCUAUGAUGCAGAGAGAGACUGUUGGGAGGAAGGUCCCCAGCUGGAGGAUGAUAUUUCUGGGAUGGCUGCCUGCGUCCUUACUUUGCCCAGGGCUAUUUUAAUGGACACAGAAAAAUGGUACUCAGAGUGGCAUGCAGACCACCUGCAGAAUCACCUUGACUUUCCAUCGGAAGUUAUGAGUGUGUCAGACUGGGAGGAAUUUGACAGUUCAAGUGAAGAUUAGAGAAUUUUAAUAUUUAUUUUUUUUUUGCCAGCAGAUGAGGAAAUUAAGGCUUGGGGAAAAUAUUUAGAGAUUUUAUAUGUCUUUCUUAUUAUAAACAUAAAUCAGUAUUUAAAGGUUUGAAAAGUGAGUGUUCUGCACAAAAUGCUAUUCACAGUCAGUAUCUGCAUAUCUGCAAGUGUUCUGCACAAAAUUCCACUUACAGUCAAUAUCUGCCCAUCUGCCAGAAAGCAGCAUUAUUAAAGUAACCACAAAACUGCCUUUUUUCCCUGUUACAUAAUAGAAGUUCUUUUCCUUUGAAGGAAACAUUUUCUCAACGUUCAGCAUGGACAGAAAUAAAGGCACAGAAGGCUCAGCUUGACUAACUUCUUUCCUUCCAGCUUUUAGCUUGAAAUAGCUUUUCCAAGUGUUUUCUUUUCUUUUUGGUAAUAAAACCUCCUAGCAGCUUAAUGCAGGAAGACAAGAUCUAGAGUCUCCCUCGUGUGCCAGGUGUCAGACAGCUUGAUCGAGGUUAUUCAGCAAAACUGAACAUACAGAAGCCGGAACAGUAGCAACAAAGUCUGAACCUUCAUCUCAUCUAGGCUUCAGCCAUCCUUCUAACUGGAUUAGAGUCUGCGAUCUGACACCCACACCUGAACUUCUAUACUGCAGCUUCUGUCAACACAGUGGAAAGAUUUUUCUGUACAGAGUAUGGCCAUCUCAUCAUUCAACUGUCAGACACAUUUGUUCACAAGCAUAAAUUAAUAAAUCUUUGUCAGAACCUUUUUUCUUUUUAA